CCCCCCCCCCGGGACGCUAGAUAAUUCCGACACCGUCUCAAGUGACCUUCAUACCUGCAUCUGCAGAUACUUUUCCCUAAAAAAAACAAAAAAAACCACCAUCAAAUGUUAUAAAAGCUAAUGAAGCUAAGCAGUUCGAUGAAACUGAACUUGUUGCCAAAUAUGACCCGAUGGGUCCCACAGUCUUCCGAUUGAGCUGACAUUCAGCAGUGCGUGUGUAUGUGUGUGAGAGAAUGUCAAAGGUUAUUUAAAGAGCAAGCUGAAAGUUGCCAGUUUAUCACCUUCAGAGCAUCAGAGUCUGUGCGUGUCUUCAACAGCUCUUUGCAUCCAACGUGCUGAGGAGACCAGCAUGUUGCAACCACUCCAGUAUCAUGUGGCUCAUUGUGUCAAAGCCAGUCAGGGACCCUGGCAACAUCAAUGUUUUGCUUCGGGAAUGUGUUAAUUAUGGUUUUCAGUCAUCUGCAUAUUUUCCUACUCUACUGCCUUCCAACACGCACGUCAUCUUCAAUGAGAUCUGCGUCCAUAGGUUUGACAACAUGAGUCAGUGGUUGUCUGUGCACCGCUCCUGCUCACCUUGGCCGAACGUAACAAUGCUCCCACCCCUCUGCAAGUCCUCACCUUCACAAGCGGUCAGCUUCGAUCUCACUGAGCUGAGGAAUAAAGUGGCCAAAAUUAAAGUGAAUCCCAGAGGGAACCUUUGGGCAACAGGGCACUUCAUGGGCAAGAAGAGUGUGAUGGAAACCCCGCUGCUGUCUUCCACCGAGGAACGGGGUGUGGGACCCUCGGACGACACCCAGGGGCGCAGCAGCCUCAGCGAGCUUUUCCAGCACUUCCUGCGGGUGGCCAUGCAAGCGCAGGUGGACUCACAAGAGAGCCGCUUAAAAACUCUGGAUUCAGAGAUGCUGAAUCGGAUUUUGGAGAUCUACACACAAAGAAAGUGACACACGUGAUGGCCAUUAAGGACAGUCCACUGCUCACAAUGAUUGUAAUCUACUCAUUUUUGUGCCAUUGAAAAUUUUCAUUUUUUG